UAACCCUCAUCACCAAGUAUAACUUCUUACAGUGCUACAAUGGAGAGAGUAAAUACUGUUGCAAGUAUGAGAGUUGCUACUCAUCAUUUCCUAAUUAUAGCUUUUGUUCUACUGGCUUUGGCUUCCUCACUUGCCUCUGCUUAUGAUCCAAGCCCUCUUCAGGACUUCUGUGUUGGCGUCAAUGACACAAAAUAUGGAGUGUUUGUUAAUGGGAAAUUUUGCAAGGACCCGAAUCUCGUCACCACAAAUGACUUCGUCUUCACUGGUCUACACAUUCCAGCGAACACCUCGAAUCAACUCGGUUCCAAUAUCACUUUUGCAUUAGUGGAUCAAUUUCUUGGAGUUAACACACUUGGGGUUGCGAUGAAUCGUAUAGAUUUUGCUCCGAAUGGUGGCCUAAACCCACCUCACUACCACCCUCGUGGCUCGGAGAUUCUACUUGUUCUAGAAGGCACACUUUAUGCUGGCUUUGUCACAUCCAACCAAGACAACAACCGCCUUUUCGCCAAAACCCUAAACCCUGGUGACCUAAUAGUGUUUCCAAUUGGUCUCCCUCAUUUUCAAUUAAAUGUUGGAAACACUAGCGCGGUUGCCAUUGCAGCUUUUGGCUCCCAUAAUCCAGGGCUUAUUGUGAUCGCAAAUGCAGUUUUUGGAUCAAAUCCUCCUAUUAAUCCUGAUGUUCUCUCCAAGGCCUUUCUACUGGAGAAAUGCAUCGUCGAAUAUCUUCAGCAACAAUUCGGACCGUUACAGUCAAGAUAUACUGGAUAAUCAUGAAUAGCAAUAAUAUUUGCGGCGUGGUGGAUAUGGAAAAUAAUGUAAUAGGUCGCCGAGAUAAUGUAAUAAGAGUGUGAAGCAAUGUAAUACGAGAUCGAAAUAAUAUAAUAAAUGUCUGUGUUUCAUUAUUCCGGAUAGUGUAAUAAAGUAAGAUCAGGUGAAAAAUAUCGACAAUAAGUUUUGUUGGAAA